AUGCCGGCCAGUGAGUUUCGCGCUCAUCGCCAAGAAGCUUCCCAACCAGGCCGGUAUGCUCACUUGAGGGACGUGAGAUCUGGAGAUUUGGAUUACUCUAUUUCAUUCAUAUCGAGCUUACCCGGAGUCGAACAGUCCGAAAUCGAAUUUCUACUGAUGGUUAGCGAUGCCCACGAUUACCCCGAUAGCCAUAGCUUUCUCGCCAGUGUGUCCAGUCAUGAGACUACAGAUCAAGUGGCGACACUCAUCCGAAAAUGUCAGGAGCCACGUCGCUUGUCACGCCUCAGCAUCCACGAUGCUUUGAUGGUCAUCGAUAACCUGAUGUCUCCCGCCGCUCUAUCCACAAACCAUAGUGAAUUUAAUUCGACUUCCGAGGAAGACACACCCGAGUCCGAAGGUCUGAAUGAAUUUGAUGACAGCUUUGACUUUGGUGAUGGGUACGAAUGGGAAUCAUGUCCACAGUCCGCCUCGCUUCUUCACGAAAUGCGCAAUCGUGAUCUACAGACCGCCAGUGCACACGGGUUUCAAGUCGGAUACAUUGAAGAUUCAAUAGGGAAAUCGAUAGUUUCUGUGUCCUGCCAAAUCGCUCAGCUGGAUAUAUCCAACGAUGCGCUGCGAGCCUGGGGUAUUGACCGCUCGGAAAAUCUCAUUCUACUCAUCCGGUAUCCCAGAUCGUACCAGUCCCUGCAGGAAAUCCUCCAGACUCGCGAGAUUUCCCUCUCCGGUAUUGAGAUGCGAGUGGGUCUUUGUGAGUAUAGUUUCACCUCGCCGCAUGUUGCUAGGGAUAUUUUCAAGGGUGAUAAGAUGCUGCCGAAUGAAAAAGAUCUCUCUUCCGACCUGGAUAUGCAACCAAGGCUCAGAGAUUUGUUUAUUUCAUACUCUCUGCACCACGUCUUGAAUGAAAGAUUUCUUGCCAUCGCCAAGCUUCGAAGGGACUUCAAUCUCUCGUGGACAGGUGCAGAGCUCUUCUGUCAUGAAAUGCAAGGGAAGACAAUCGAUCCUGCUGGGCCGGAUGAAAAAUAUUGGGCUGUGGAUGAAUGGUUGACUCCUGUUCCUCAUCUCAUGGAGUCUGAUCAUUUUGCAAAUGCUGUAAUGAAAGUGGAACUUAUGUCAUUGCCACUUCUUGCCAUGCAAUACACCCUCCGCCACUUUGUUAGAUGCCCACAAUUCUGUCUAGUCUGCCAUUGCAAGACUGGUGAUCGGUUCGAAUCCCUGAAACCCUACGUCUGCUCCCGUGGUCUAUGUCUUUUCCAGUACUUGGAGCUGGGGUUGGGCGCCAGCAUUGAGUGUGAGGUUCGGUCAAAGCCGAUGGUUGUUGACCUCCUAGUGUCUCUCGCAUAUGCGAGUGCAAUAUCCGGGCAUCUUGAAUCAUUCCCAGAUGGCCUACGUCUGAAGGUCCCGCUUAAGAACAGCUAUGCUUCUGAUCAGACUGGAGAGAUGCAAAAUACCGAUCUCAUAACCCGGGCCCUUUUAGAUCCAGUGACUAUGAUUCUUUCCGGCUCAGGUGUGGAAAAGCUUGACUCGGGUGAUUGGAUCAUGAUACGAGAUGCAGAGCCUGCCCAGCCCACGGUCACCUGGCAUUGCCAAGUUACGCGAAUACCUCUCAAGGCAUCCGACUUUAUUCUAUCCGACCCAGUGAAAAUUACCAAUCAAAUUACUUCCCCACUCCCUACAGCAACACAGAACUGGAUACCUCCCUAUUCCAAUGUGACAAAACAUCAUGUCAGAUUCUCUCGUUACGAUCAAGACUUUGAAGCAUUGUCGACUCAAGACAAACGAGGUGCCAUCAAGCUGCUAUUGGAUACUUUGCCAAGCAUCAGUCAACUCGCAAAUCUCCUCGGCGAAUCCAGCACUCGGGGUCUUCGCUCAUGCCUGGAGGGCAAGGUUAGCCCAGCAGCCUUCGACUUACUUCGUUGGAUCAUAGCCUCGAACCGAUCAUACAUUGUGCAUGAAACCGAGAAAUCGGCACAUCACCACGAGCAGAUGACUAAACAUGUUCGAUUUCGCUUCAUACAGGGAGCUCCUGAUAGGGAGCAACACUUCCUGAAAGCCGUACAAACUCACGCAAAAGACAUUCAGCCCUCGACGAUUUCCGCAUGGCACGGAAGUCCCCUUUACAACUGGCACGGCAUCCUGCGAGAGGGGCUUCAUUUUCGAAAGAUUGCGAAUGGUCGUGCCAAUGGGAAUGGGAUUUACCUUUCCGAUAAUUUUGCAACAUCGUUGUCCUUCUCUACGAGAGCUAUGGGAAGUAGGAAUUGGCCACAAAGCGUGCUGGACAUGCAGUACGUUAUCUCUCUCAACGAGAUCGUGAACUGCCCAGAUAAAUUUGUCUGUAAAAUGCCACACUACGUUGUGCAAUUUAUAGACUGGAUUCAACCGAGAUAUCUUCUUGUCGGUGGAAAGGUUUCCUCUCUACAACCAGUCACCCCGUUCGGUGUGUCUCCGCCACAGGGACCAAAGGCAGAACAGCCGAUGUCGAAGGCCGGUUUCAUUAACUUGACAGAAGAUGAUGAUGAUGGACCCAGUCAAACCAAAGCCAACAUAGAAAGCUGUGAAGAGGCUCCUCAAAGUAUCCCCAGUAACCCUAGUGUUAAUUCGUCUUCGGAUUCCCUCCUUUUCUGCAAAAAUGGAUGUCAAGCAUUGGAAUGA